AGUAUCUGAUUAAUUAACGUGCCUGAUGGUGUAAAAUAUAGGCUUUGUUUCCAUUAAUCAAAGCUUUUAAUGCGCAUGUUUAUGCCACCAACGCACGCUAACCCCCUGAAAAUCUAUCUAGCUAGUAUAUGUACUAAUAAAAUAUGUAAUCUAUCUUACUCUAUAAUUAAUUCAAGAAAAUAUAUAUAAAUACUGAAUGAAACCUUGCAAUGUUACAAACCACAAACCCACAUUACUCAAGAUACAUACAUUUCAGAAAGAUAAAACUCGAUAUAAAACAAAAUUUGAUCAAAUGGGAAAAUUCACAACCUUGAGUGGCAUAUUAAAAGACGAAGCCUCGCAAAUGAAACUCAACGUGGUUCAUUUGUGUAGCUCCGAGAACGCCAAAACCAUUGACUUGGCUCUUUUGAAAGCCACGACUCAUACCUCACACAAACCACCUUCCGACAAAUACGUUAAUCUCCUCCAAUCGACUGUUGACACGCGUUACGGUCCCGAGACCAUCGCUGCGGUGGUGGAGAGGCUGCGUUUGACGACGGACGUGUGCGUGGCUGCUAAAUGUCUCAUUCUUCUCCAUAUGAUGUCUAAAUCAGAAAAUGGAGAUAAAGGAGAAGGUAGUGUUCGUGUGACUAAUCGUAGUUUGAUAUAUAACGAAGGAGGUCGACAUUUAAAAUUGAAUGUUCUGAACGUGGAUUCAUCUCGUUUUACUAGAGAGUUGUAUCCAUGGGUUCAAUGGUACAAACAAUAUCUAGAUUGUCACUUUCACAUUGCGGAGGCUCUAGGUGUUAUUCCAAGCAUAAAAGAAAGUUCAGAAGAUAAGCGUUUGGAGAUUCAACGAGUAUCGUCUUACACAACCGAUUGUAUUUUCAAACAAAUCGGUUUCUUAGUGGCUCUGUUCGAAAACAUUAGUGCCCGGCCAGAAACUACGGCGUCGAAAUCAAACAAGAUCGUUAUUAAGAUGAUAGAACUAAUGGUACAAGACUGCUUCUCGGUCAUGAGAAUGAUCAAGAUAAGGUUUGAAGAACUGAACGUGAGAGAAGCUAGACUUGACGUGAUGGUUCCGGUUUUGGUGAGGCUUGAAAAGUGUAAGGAGGCAUUGAGCGACUUUUCUUGGCAACGUAGAUAUUUGGUUGAAGAUUUUUGGUGUUUGGUUUCGAAGUUAAGACAUGGGUAACGUUAGAAGACAAAAGAAAUGUUGGAUGAAAAACCUAACGUAAUCGGUUACUAAACUCUUAUCUUAUAGUAAUAGCUUGUAAAAUAAAACUACCAGUCUUGUGCAGUAACUCGCUAACUGCUUAGGGCUUCUAUGAUACUUGAACCGGUUCUAGAUAAAUUGUGUAACGACUUAUUGGGUUUUGCUGACAAAAUGUUUACAAAGACAAUACAUAGAUAAGAAAAUUAUGCUGAAAUGUUUCAAGAAAUCUUCAUUCUAUUGUUUUGGACCAUUUGGUAACACGUGCUUGUGCUAUCUGC